AUGUCGUCUGAAGUGACAGAGGAACUUGCUAGCCAAGACUUGCUCCUACCUUUUACACUCUAUUCACCAGAUCUGGAGGGUACCUGUGUCAUGGGACACCAAGAAGGCUUCACGGCUAAAGAUGGAGCAGAAUCUUUGGGCGGAGGGGAGGGGUCCAGACGCAGCACCCGGGCUCCUCAAGCCCCCUGGGCCUGCGGGGGAGGGGAGCGCGGGGCGCAGCGCCCCCAGCUCCCAGUCCCUGCAGCUGUCCGGGCGCGGAGCCUCCGGGGUUGGCCUCGCCCUGGGGGUGGGGGUGAGGGGAUGCACGCUCGAGCUGCAGGCCCGGCUCGUGCAGGCUCUGCACACCUGCCCGCCGGCGAGGCUUCAUUAAGCCGCGCCUGUGCAGCCCCAGCCGGCGGCCGAGGCGCGGGAGUCCACGCCAUGGAGCCCAGGGAGGAUCCCUGCAGGGAACCGCUGGGCCAGGAAGGUGGAGGCCAGUCCCUGACUGCUGAACUGGAGGAGGAACCGAAGCAGGGGUCAGCCCCCCACACUCAGGACACCCUGAAAGAAGAGCUGCCACCCCCCUGUGCCAUCUCAGGAGAGGAGCCGCCUCCAGAGCCCACUGGAGAACCGACUCGUGCUAAUGCCAGGCGCGUGUGCCAGCCAUCCAGCUCCAGGGCUGUCCACAAAGACAGGCAGAACCCAGGCAGACCCCAGUCUCAAGGGCAAGGCUCUUCCCUCUUAGCACGACAGGCAAAGACAGUAAAGAGACCGGCUUCCCCAGGCCCCGGUAAACACAAAAAGCCCAAUGCCACGGAUCUGGCCUCAACAUCACUGCUCAGUGUUGCUAAGUCAUCCUGUGCCACUCACAACCCUGUGCCUUGUGGGUCAGGCCGGGGCCCCUGCCACCUGGCCAACCUCCUCAGCACAUUGACCCAGAACAUCCAAAACACAGACCAGAAGAAGGGGCCCCCAGAAGUGAACUGCCAAGUCCGGAAAAAGACUCGAACCCUCUACCGUUCAGACCAGCUGGAAGAGCUAGAGCGAAUGUUCCAAGAAGAUCACUACCCUGAUGGUGACAAGCGCCGGGAGAUAGCCCAGACGGUGGGGGUCACUCCCCAGCGCAUCAUGGUAAAGGGGGCUGGUUAACCAGCAGGGGUAGGAGGUUGCUGAGAAGCUACCCAUUGGAAUUCCUGUGGGUUAGGGCACGUGCUCAUCCUCAGUGUGCAGGGAGGCUGAAGUUGGGUGUGGUUCCAGAAUCGCCGGGCAAAGUGGCGAAAAGUUGAGAAGUUGAAUGGGAAAGAAAAUGAGGACAAUCCUGAAGUUCCUGCCAGCAGCCAGUGCAGCUCUACAGAAGAGCCCCCACCUCCCACGCCCAUGGACGGGGAGUCCGGCCCCUUCCCUGCAGAGCCCACUCUGGAUACCUUUCCAGAGCCCCCUCUGCUGAUGAUGUCCGACCAGACUCUGGCACCCAUCCAACAAAGCGAGGGUACUCGGAGGGUGGUGACCCCACCACUCUUCAGUCCCCCACCUGUUCGAAGAACCAACUUUCCUUUUCCCCUGGGCCCUGUGCACACCCCGCAACUGCUGUCUCUGCUGGCAGAUGUCCCCGGUAGUGAGAGCAGUCCCACUGGAUCCUGGGGGACAAGCAUCUCCUCACCACCCAUCUGCUCGUAUCUGGAAGACCCGGAAGUCCAGGAUUACCAACAAAGCAGCCAGCCAGGACCGUUCCAGUUCCCCCAACCUCCACAGACUCAGCUUUUCCAACCUCCCCAGCCCCAGUUUUCAUACCUGCCUCCCUUCCCCUUCCCCAUGCCCAGUUCACUGACCUUUCCACCACCAGAAGACCCCCUCUUUAUGUUUCCUUGUGGUCCCAGUGGGGGCAUGUCACAGGGCUACUACUCAGGCCCUCCAUCGGGGCAGAUUCUGCUGCAGCCACCCGCUGGAAAUGUGGGUGCAGUGUCCUGGAGUGACCUCUGUUUGCCAGAACUGCCCUUCCCUGGUCCACUCUACCCACAGACACUGGGGCACCCCUCAGGAGCAGAUGGCUAUUUUCCUGAUCUGUGUGCAGCUCCUGGUGCUCAGGCAAUGAGCAGGCAGCCUUCUCCAGGUCUUGACCCACUGCCAGAAGAGGCCAGACCAGGAACUGGGCCCUUACUCAGCAAGGCACAAGAAAAGCAGCCUGUCUCCUCCCUGGAGCCGUCCACAACAUUGGAGGAGGUCAGAGAAGACAAGAAUGGCUGUGCUCCCUAG